AAUUGGAUGUCACGAAGGAUAACGAAAUGUCGAUCAACGUUGAGCAUCAAUGAUUUUGUGGGCGGUAAAAAAUGUGAAGCAGACCACGCACCAUAACUUACUAGGCUUCUACUCCUAUUUUCUUGCUGCCUUGUUGGUCGCCUUUGUGUUUGUACAUGCUGAUGCUACAGCUGAUGAAAUAUCGUCGAAUAUAUGAUUUUUGUUUUUGCUUAUAUCUAUGUUCCUAGACAAAAACUUAACAAAAUGGAAUUUCUUUGAGGAGCAUGAUGAUAUGAAGUUUUAAAAAAGAAGAGAUACUGAUACAUAGUGUAACGAGCAGCCGAGUACAAGUAUUGCCACGGCGGGUCAGAAAAAAAAGAAAAUGUCCCGUUUUCAGCGUGCCCGGUCGUCCGCUAAUCGGGCACCACCAGCUGUGGAACCUUAUCAACAGCGACAACAAGACGGUCAGCAAAGGGGUCACCAGGAAAGGAAAACCUCUGGAAACAACAUUCAGAAUAUCGUCCCCCCGCCGACAGCGCCGCACAUCAUGCCUUCUGCAUUCGCCAGCGGCCAACAACAUGUUGAUAACCAGCAACGAGGGCCAGUAGCACGUAGUAGUAGAGGAGGUGGCGCGAGAGAGUUUGCCGAGACAAAAGGGCAUCAGCUACAGAAAAGCCAGCAGCUGAACAAGAGAAAAAACAAAUCUGCGAUAAGCAGCCCCCGUGUUCAACAACAUCCCGAUGGAGUAGUUGUACAUAACGGCUCCUACCAAAACUAUCCGCCCAUAAACGACGACUUAUCCAACGUGAAGCUGUCCGACGGCAGCUUUGUGUGUGGGAAGUUGAUGGGCAAGGGCGGAUCCGCGGAAGUGUAUGAAGUGAAAAGGGACAACAAGCAAUACGCACUGAAAGUGGUUUCCGCGAAAACCCCCAUGCACAUGGCGAUUUUUCAGGAGGAAGUGAACCUACUGAAAAAAUUCCGCGACACGCCCCAGGGGCGAAAACACGUCAUCCGCUGCCAUGAUUCGCACGCGAUCGCGGACAAGGGGCAGCUUUUCAUCCUGUUAGAGUACGCGGAGUGCGACUUCCUGGCCUACCAGUCGUCGUUCCUCCGCCCGGUCAUCGUGGAGAACGAAAAGGGCUUGCUGGACACGAAGAUGUACGGGGGCGGCAUGCCUUUGGAGGAGGUGAUCCGGUGCUGGGCGCAGAUGGUGGAUUCUGUGGCUCUGAUUCACGAGUACGGGAUCGUGCACUUCGACUUGAAGCCGCAAAACUAUCUCAUGGUGGCGAAUGACAGGUACGAAAAAUAUGUAAUGUACGGGGGCGGGAGGGACCGGGACAGGGACGGAAAAAUUAUCGGAAAUACAAAUACCGGCGCAGCGCCAGCAUCACCGCAGCCGCAUAGAUUAUCUCCCAGUGGCGAAGGGGAGGCCGCAAUGGACCAUAUUAAUCUGCAAGAACCGAUGUCAGCACAAUCUACAGGCCGUUCGUCCGGUGCGAGCAGCUCCUCUGCGAGGAGCAGGCCAGAAGGUUCCACCACCGCGCCGAUAGGUGGAGCUAAUCAUACUUAUCAGCCAGAUACUCCUCCUGCUGCGUCUUCACCCUCUCCCUCCAAGCACGAGAGGGAGUUGAUGCGCCGUCAGACGUCGAACCUCUCCGCAAUCUCGGAACUCGAUAGCGAGCACGAUUUUGACGAGUAUGUUCCUCCGGGUUAUAGAGCGAUAGAGACAGGAGGAGGACGAGGAACACGAACAGCGACAACAAGCAAUCUUCAAAGACACACUCAUGAUCAGAGUCAACAAGAACAAGUUCUUGACCACACAAGAACGCAGACGAACCAGACCACGACAUCUUCGAGGGACGAAAGUAAUCACGAAUUGCAGAUCAAGUUGUCCGAUUUCGGAUUAGCGAGGAGUCUGGACGGGGACAAAAGUCACAUCACCAUGGACGCACAGAUCGGGACUGUCAGGUAUAGAGACAUAAGGGAUCACGUAGUUGUCUUGUCUUUUGAUUGAUGAUGUGAUGCUUUCGGUUAAAAUAAUGUCUCUACCUGGGUUGUUGUCUUUUGUGAUACAGCAAGAGUUGCAAGAGCAAGAAACCUAUUGGCUUUAUCAGGUACAUGUCUCCCGAGAACUUUUUCCAACCGGAGGAAAUGGAAAACAACGCGGCCGGCACGGUGAAACUUCGCCCCGAGGCGGACAUCUGGUCUCUUGGGAUCAUUCUGUACGCAAUGAUCCACAACAAAACCCCUCAUGAGGAUAUAAAAUCCCACCGCGUUGCGUUUUCCAUAGUCGACCCCAGGAUGGAAAUCCAGUACCCCUUUGUCGAACGAUUCCACGGGAAUUUCAAGGGGGAAAUCCGCCCGGGGCGGCUCGUCUGUGAUGCGAAAUCGGGAAGGCCUAUGUUUUUCGACGACAAGGGGAAUGUUGUGCACACUGGGUUAACAGGACUGGAUAACGAGCAACUGUAUCGGGACGCGACGAAUAAUUCAUCAGAAGUAGAACGAGGAGCAGGCCAUCAUCUCCUGAACCCGCCAACCACACCCGCGACCAACACUACGGGAACUAGUUCCAGCAACAAAACCCCGAAGCAGCAGCACGACCCGUUGGAUCAGUUGUUCAAAAACAGCGAUUUGCCGGAGCGGAUGGAAGAGCAGAUGAAGUUGCAAAGUUCCGAAAGCUCCUCGUCCAUGAACAGCGAUCAUGCGAACAAAAACAAACUCGGAGGUAACAUCAACGAGCAGCAGUCGUCCUUGUUCCACACAGACGCACAGUUCAUCCAGUACGAACAUUUGAACUUUCUGCUGCAGAAGUGCCUCCAGCGCGAUCCCAAUCAACGCUGGUCCGCGAAGCGAUUGAAGGAAUCCCUGCGCUUCAUGCGGUUCUCCUCCCAUUUUAGCGAGGACACGGCACAGAUUGGGGCGCUGCGGCCCAUCGUGGGAAGCAGGCAAGCCGUCAUGUUCAAGCCGACGCCCAGCAGGCUGCAAACCACAACAACUGCAGCGGCGGAAGUGAGCACUGGUCCGCCGGCUUUGAACGGGGCGGGUGCAGCUGGGGCCGCAGGUGCUGCGGAACAAGCUUCCUCGUCCGCGGCAGCUCCCGUCGGACUUGGCGGUGUCUUCGUAACCCAGCAGAAUGCAGCAGUAGGAGCUGCUGUUUCAUCACCCGCAGGCACUGCAGGUGCAUCCGCAAUUGCGGCCGAAAAUAGUACCAGCAGAGUAGUCCUCCCAGCAGCUGCGACCACAGCGGCGACCUCGUCCUCCUCCGCCAGCAGCUUUAUCCCCGUGCCGGGCAAACGGCCCACGCCGAAGAUUGCGAACAUUGACACCGUGGAGCUGAACACCAUGCGGAAUCAGCAGUUCAAACACAAUCCGAGCGAGUUGCGGCGGAAUAUGAAUCGGUAUUUCGUGAAGAACAUGUCCCAACGGGACAAGCAGUCGCUCAACCUCUACGAAGAUUUCGAUAACAUGACGGACGCCCAGAAAAUGCACAUGUUCAACGAUGGCACCAUGAAGCGCGCGACGCUGAGAAGCGGCAACAGAGUAGCGCUGAGGCAGCAGCAGCAGCAGGGUCAGGGAGGGGGAGGUGGUGGAGCAGCAGGAGCUGACGCAAACCAAGCUUUUGUGGGAGGUUUGACUAUGUCGCAGAUUGCGGCGCAGCAAGCUUCCUACUCGUCCUCGGCCGAUUUUUUUGCAAGGACCAACACUCACAACACCUUCGCGCAGGAUAAGGAUUCAUCUCUGAACAGUGACAACUCGAACUCCAUGCGGGUCCCGCGACCGGUAUCCACGAGAAGUGCUGGGGACAGAAAUUUUAACGCGUUUGGCGGCGGGGUACUAAUCCGCAGUAAUACGGAUAGCCUGCAACAGAGCUCCACUUCUCAGGAUCAGGACGAGGGUUUCCCGCUGUUGGCGGGGAGCCGGACAGGAGGAAGUGCGAGAACGACCAAAGAUUAUGGCGACAACAGGCCGGUAGCUCAUCCUGAUCUUCAUGAUGAGACAGUUUACAACUACACCUCCUGCGACGGCGCGGCGGGGGAUGGACGAGAUGCUGAAGCGGCAGCAGCUGAUCUACAGGCACAGCAAGGGGGACGACCUUUAGCCACCUUCGAAGAGGAGAAGAGCUCCCCCUGGUGCCAGUGGAGUUGGUGGAUUGUCAUUGUCGUUUUCGCUCUCAGCUGUGUGUCGAUUUUCUUCCCCAUCUAUCUCAUGCAGAGCUCCUCUCCCCGGGCGGCUCCGCAAGGCAAAAAGCAGGUGUCGCAAGGACGAGCGGCGUUCAUCCAAAAAAAGCAGGCUGUGGUUGGGGAGCCUGUGUCUCCUGUUGUCCCCGGGCUAGCACAACAGGAAGAUGCGAGAGAAGCGAGAGAUGAAGGUGCUGCGCGGGUUCUGCCGUUCCUCAAUGACGGCGCUAAGGAAGUAAUAGUCGAGGAAGAUGGGACAGAGCUGCAAUUAGCGGAAACAAGCGAUAGCGAGAAGUGAGGAAGCACGACGAGUGAGGACCUAGAUAGGGUUCCGGCCUAGAAGAUGAAGAAAUAGAGGCUGCUCAAUUUCUCACGGGCACUGUGACCGUGGAGACCGUAGACCUCCGAUGUGACCGUGGAGACCAAGAAGUUCUAUCCCGAUUUGUGACAGCAUUCAUCUCAUUGUCAUUUUUCGUCAGAAGCUGACCCUGAAGGAAUUAUUUACAAGGAGCGGCCCAGCACAACUUCUAAUAUUUUAUAUUUUUCUGAAGCGACACGUCGAGGGCAACGAGUUAGACGCUUUAACUUGAUUUGACUGUGCUAGUGUUGUACGGUUCCCCUCUCCCGCCCUGCGGUGCUUGUACAAUGGACGUACUUAUGAUGGAAGUACAUUCUAACUAGCGAGAAGGAGAAAUUUUGAAGAACAUGAGUAAGAGUAUAAUUGCGAUAGAAGUGGCGAUUCCUUUCCUCCCUAUUUAACAACUCCAUUAUUGUACAAUCUUUCUCUACGCAUUUUCUACUUCGACGCACAAGAUGUGGUAAGACAGGCAUAACAACUACAACCUAGGCCGAUUUUUCUGAUCGUGCCUUGGGCUUUGAGGCAUUUACUUACCUUUCAUCAUACCCAUUCAUCAGGUUCUUGGGGAUGUGGUAGCAGGAUCUUCCCGAGCAGGUCUCUAACUCUAUAUCACUUUCACUUGUGAGUGACCCACACCGUGCAAAGAAGGAUGUACAAUUCCCCUCCCAAAAUGAAAAAUGAGGCUGAGCAAGAGGCACUUCAAGAUAGAACGGAGCUACUUACUAGAU